AUAUGUAUAUAUAUCUGUAAGAAAGUGAUCGGAAAAAGUAACAGAAAUUACAAAAAAUUUUAAGAAAAAAAAAGAAGAACGCCGAGUCCAAAAUGCUGCGAUUAUUAGCGGUGGCGUUCGCCCUCGCCGCCGUAACAACGGCCUACGAUUGCAACCGCGGGGUGGAAGUGAAGAGCGUCCAGUGGACCGGCGGCUCCUUCGAAUGGCCUUGUUCGACGACCAAGAGCAUCUUCAAGAACAGCGGCCGCUACAACACAAAGCACGUGAUCGCGACCCGAGCCCAAAUCUACAGGGACGAUGCCUUCCUGGUACUGCCAAGGUACAAGUCCGGCGUUCCGGUGACCGUGGCCAAGGUCUCACUGAGGAGCAAAGGCUGCUCCGCAACCCUCACCGCCUUCCCGUGCUGGUCGAUGCAGGAAGAGGGAACCUGCAGCGCCUUCCAGAACGCGGUGGACCUCUUCCUCGACCCCCAGGACAUCUUAUGGGUCCUCGACACAGGCGUGGUUAUGACCCUCGAGGAGCCGGUGUACAGAUGCCCGCCCAAGGUCGUGGCCAUUAACGUGAAAACCGGCAAGAUCGUCAAGACCAUAGACCUCAGCGGCCUUGCCUGCUCCUCUUCUCGUCUGCAAUACCUCGUCGUCGAUUACUCAUCCGACGGACGGAUAACCCUCUACGUUUCGGACGCGGCGAUGCGGGCCAUCCUCGUUUACGACGUGACGGCUGGCAGAGGCUACCGCGUCGUGCUUCCUGCGGCCGUUACGUCGGGGGCGGCGCGUCGCGACGUCUUGUACCUGGCGCUCGUCCGUCGGUCCGACGGUAGCAGCUGCCUCGUGUUCACCUACCUGAGCAGCUCGAGGAUGUUCACGAUAAGGACGGAGUACCUGCGGAAGGGAUCGGCGUCCGGAAAGGUCCACGACCUCGGACCGAAGCCCGCCACCCUCGUGAUCCUCGGUACCGACGGCGGCGCGGCCCUCUUCUUCAGGUACGAAGGCCGCUCCGAGGUCUACAGAUGGGACACAGCGCACUGCUUCAAGCAGGAGAACUUCCAGCUUGUUUACCAGGGCUCGAGCUGCCUUCUCGCCACCCAGGUGGUCGUCGACUACAAACGCGGCCGCAUGCGCGUCCUUGAGUCAAACUUCCCCGACUUCAUCCAGGGCACCGUUGGCUGCGGCGCCAAUCAAGCUCUCACCAUAAUGCAAGCCUGCAGUUGAGCCGAUGUACCGCUCCUGGAAUUGUCUUGACUUCGCUCGUCCUGAUCCUGCCCUCUCUCCACCACCCGAAGUACGCACAGCUCGUCGAAGGCCCCGAAAAGUUGGACAAUUUUUUGCAAUUUUGUGAUAGCUCGAAGAAGCCGCAUCGGAGGAUUUCGUUCUCUUUGUACGAAUUCUUGUUCGCCGAAUAAUUAGUUCAAGUCGCGAUCAGAAUUCCAGCGAGUCUUGUACAUACAAUAAAUAUACAUAUGAAUA